CCGGAACUUACGUGUAACAAAAAUAACAUCGCCAUUUCAAUUGAACAUAGCCCUAUGCGAACUGUUGCAGAAGGAAGGCGUGUGUAAUGUAUUCUAGGUUCAACCUGAGUCUCCACAGAUCUUGCAUGUUGUGAAAGUCAAAAUAAGAAUAAAAUGAGUGACCAACCAGGUGUGUUUUGUCCAGGAAACCAUGAAGUUGAGAUGUGCUAUGGAGGAGAAGCUGAUCUACACAAACAUGUUACUGGCUGUAAGAAGAAUCCAGGUCACAAAGGUUUUAUACCUCUUAAAGAUUUUAACACAAAAUGUCUCCCCUCACGUUACCAUGACGACGAGCUCAUGUCUGAGACAAUCAAAACAUUGGCAGCCCUAACUGUCCAGGUAAAGACUAAAUUCACCAGUCUAGAGAGACCAGCAUUUAUAAGAGACACUCAAUCUCCAUAUCCAUUUUAUAACUACAGAGGAAGUCACUUGAUCAGGUUAGGGACGGGGAGGGUGAGUUGGGUGAACAAGUACACAGAAAGGGACGAAACUUGUUAUUGUGCCAAGUGUCAAGUCUCUGCCACACCCAGCAAAGUGUGGGGGAAGGUUCAUGUGUUGACAUCAACACACGUGGUGUUUGAUGACAGUGAGGCGAGAAAGACCAGGUGUGUUAUAGGUUAUGAUGACAAUAAAAGUCCUGGGGUUAGUCUUGAUGGCUGGUGGGUGGGGGGUGGGACAGACAUUGAAAGGGACAGGUGUGUGUUGAGAUAUGUGACAUGUGACUUAAAGUUGGUUGAUGAACUGGACAAGAUGUGCCAGCGCUUUGGUGAUUUAUGUAAGGAAGUAAGGGACAAAUACGGGAGAUUUGUUCAUGUGGACAAAUUGACCAUUAUAGUGUCACAUCCUCAUGGCUGUCCUAAACAGGUCUCUGUAGGACAAUGGACACACAGACAAGAGAGGGAUGGCUGGACCAGGUACUGGUACACAACAUGUACAUGUCCAGGCUCCAGUGGAGCGUGUGUCUACAGGAUGGGAUAUGUCUAUUUGUGUGACCAUCCCCACAGUGGAUGGGACUCUGAAGGAAAUCAUAGUGGGGAGUUUUGGAUGUAAAUAUUAGUUCUCUCCCCUUGUCUACACAAUGUAACAAACAAAAUGGCGGAACUUUUCCCGUCGUUAAACUGUUUGUAUUAAGACUUGCAUGUCUUAUCAACAUUGUAUUACAUAUAAUGACUAAAAUAAAUAUUUUGAUUUUUUUUAAUAGGCGUAACCGAAUUAAUUUACAUGUACAUUGAUGGAUUUUAGAGUUGUUUUUUUUGUUUCAAAUGUUUAAAUAAGUUGCUUUUAACUUUUAGCGGCAAAUUACUGUCAUAUACCUAUAGGUCAGCUAUUACCUGUAAAUUACAUGUAACCUACCUAUCAAAUGUCAUAUUCAUACUGUUUCUAUUUGUUUACACAAUGUCC